AUGGAAGAGUUCCGGGCGGAAACCACAGUGGGGCUCAUUGCAUGUUGUCAGUGUGGCUUGCCAAUUCAGCCAAAUGCAGCCAAUAUGUGUAGUGGCUGCAUUCGUUCCAAAGUUGACAUCACCGAAGGUAUCGGCCGAUCAGCGACCAUCUAUAUAUGUAAGUUUUGUGAUCGCUAUUUCGUACCUCCAAGUGGUUGGAUGAGAGCAGAAUUGGAAUCAAAAGAGCUUCUCUCGAUUUGUCUCAAGAAGUUGAAACCACAGCUGUUGAAGGUACGCUUGACCGACGCCUGUUUCGUGUGGACAGAACCCCAUUCGAAGCGAAUAAAAGUGAAGCUAACCAUCCAAAAGGAGGUCUUCUCAAGUACAAUAUUGCAGCAAACAUUCAUUGUCGAAUUCACAAUCCACAACCAGAUGUGUGACGAUUGUCGUCGAGCAGAGGCGAAAGAUUUCUGGCGAGCUUGCGUCCAGGUCAGGCAAAAAGCCGAAUUUAAAAAGAGUCUUUUCUACCUCGAGCAGCUUCUCCUCAAGCAUGGUGCUCACAGUCAGUGUACAGGGGUAAAGCCUGUUCCAACCGGAAUUGACUUCUUCUUCGCCAAACUCCAGGAUGCUAGGAAAUUCGUUGACUUUCUGAUGGCAGUUUUACCUUGCAGAUACCACUAUGCUCAGGAACUGGUGUCACAUGACACGAAGAAUAACACUUACGAUUAUAAGCACACUUUCUGCGUGGAAAUCGUUCACAUAUGCAGGGAUAACAUAGUGUGUAUGCCGAAAAAAGUUGCUCAGCAUCUUGGUAAUAUGAGUCAGAUCGCAAUCUGUCUCCGUGUAUCUAAUGUUAUUACUCUCAUUGAUCCAAGUAACCUGCAAAUGGCAGAUAUACAAGCAACGUCGUUUUGGCGGGAUCCGUUUGAUUCACUCUGCACCCCUAAACAAUUGUCCGAGUUCUUACGUGCUUGA